AUGCGCAUCGAUUCUUCUCGAAGGAGUGACGGGGGGAGGGAGAGCGAGGUAUUGGAGGGAGGCGGCGAUCGCUUCAGCAGGUCCGCCCAUAGCUGGGAGCUGGCUGUCCCGUCUAAUCGCACGUGUACUGCGCUCAUGGACGACAAUCAUGAACUCUCAGCCUUACGCGCUAAUGCAGACAAUCUCGGGAAAUGUCUACAUGCACUUCUGCAACGCAUUGAACACCUCGAGGGGAAAUCCGACAAGAACUCGCCCCACCCUCAUGCUGUUGUUGUUUCCGACUCUGCUGAGAACGAUGACGAUCGCACGAAAAAGGAUGAACAAGUGCAAAUUCAGGAUUCUGUAACUACGGACCCGAAUACCGGUCUAAAGAAGAGAACCAUUGUAACGGAGCGAGUGCUGACAACUAAGACAUUUCAUGCGCUUUCAUUGGAGCCAACUCCUUCAAUGGCUCCUGUGAGCAAUGGACGGAUACUAAGCCCGGGUUAUCAAGCUCGCGUUGUGCAUAUUGACGCUAAACAGUUAAAUCAGGUGGGUAGGACAUUGUUAUAG